UGUCGCCGGGGCUGGGGCUCAGGCUGGGCGCGUCCACGCUGGUCAUGGCCGGACCCGCUCGGUUACCGCUGACUUUUGAAGACGUGGCCAUUUACUUCUCUGAGCAAGAAUGGCAGCAUUUAGAGGCCUGGCAGAAGGAACUUUACAAGCACGUCAUGAGAACCAAUUAUGAGACUCUCGUCUCUCUAGAUAAUGGACUUCCCAAACCAGAACUAAUAUCCUGGAUUGAACUUGGGAGAGAGCUCUUCGGCAGCCCGGGAGGAAAGCAGAAACUGGAGAAAGGGGGUCACUCCUCUGUAGAUGAUGUACAUGUUCACCUAGUUACUGAGGAACAGUUACUUGAGAGUAGCGAGCAAGCUGUGAAGUCAAGAGAAAUUACAUGCCAUUUCCAGCUAAAUGCUUUUGGACUUGUUUUAGGAGAAAGGGAAGAUGUUUCCCUCAUGCAUGACCAAGGCAUCAGUCCUGAAAAUGCACAAACACGUGCCCAAGGGGCUCUCAAUUCAGUCAUGCACAGCUCCAGUGCAGCUGCCCUAAAAGAAGGAUUCUCAAGUCACAGAGUACCAGACUUCCCCGCCUUGCAGAAGGUUCCCCCUUGGCAGAGUGCCCAGCACUCUUGUCCUGUCUGUGGGGAAAGGUCUUGGGAGAAGAGUUACUUAGUGAAGCACCAAAAGGAUCACUCCAAGAGCCCAUCAUGUAGGGUCUGGAAGAAGUUCAGCAGACAGUCUGAUGCACAACAGCAGUGGGACCUCUUGUGUCUUGAAAGUGGGAAGAGCUUCUGUCUGAAACAGUAUUUGGUGAGACAUCUAGAUGUCCAUACAAGGAAGAAACCACCCCAGUGCCCUAAAUGCAAAAGGUGCUUCCAUCAUGAGCAAACCCCUUUUAGCCACUACCUCCAGCACAAUUCUUCCCAAAACCCCAAAUGUGACAGGAGCUUCCCAAUGGAAAAUAAUGUUCACCAGUGCCCGCAGAGCCAAGAGAGGCCAGCCUCCUGGAGAGAAGACACCAUUGUGCUCUCAGGACAGAAGCCAGGCCCCAGUCUGGACUGUGAGGGCUGCUGCCACAAGGGUAGCAAGCAGAAGGCUUGCAUCUUAGGUGAGGACAGACCCUGCUCAUGCACAGAAGGUGGCAACUGCUUCUUCUCACGGUCUAAGCAGGCCAGCUUCUGCAGGGCACACACAGGAGAAAAAGCCUUUCGCUGUCCAGAAAGCAACAAGCUCCUCUGCCUGAGAGGCCUGAAGGAUGUCUGCCUACACGUGCAUAGUGGGGACAGACCACUGUCCUGUAGAAAGUGUGGUCAGGGUUUCACCAAACAUUGCAAACUCCCAGAACACACCCGAAUCCUCCUCGGGGAGAAAUCUUUCCGGUGUGCCCAGUGUAGAAGGAACUUCAGCCAAAGGGGAGAGCUGCUGAGGCACCAGCGGCUGCCCUCGGAGGAAAAGCCUUUUAAGUGCACAGUGUGUGAGUCGGGUUUCCAGCUGAAGAGCCGGUUGAGAGCCCACCAACUGCGACAUGGCGGACAAAGGCCAUUCUCCUGCAGAGAGUGUGGCCGAGCCUUCACCCAUCAGUGCAAGCUCCGCGAGCACCUGAGAGUGCACAGUGGCGAAAGGCCCUUUCAGUGUCCUGAGUGCCACAAGAGCUUCCGCCUGAAGGGAGUCCUGAAGGCCCACCAGCGCACCCACAGCAAGGAGAGGCCGUUCUCCUGCGGAGAGUGCGGCAAGGGCUUUACCAGACAGUCUAAGCUCACAGAGCACUUCCGUGUCCACAGUGGAGAGAGACCCUUCCGGUGUCCUGAGUGUGACAGGAGCUUUCGCCUAAAGGGGCAGCUGCUCAGCCAUCAGCGCUUACACACUGGAGAGAGACCCUUCCAAUGCCCAGAGUGUGGCAAGAGCUAUCGCGUGAAGGCUGACCUGAAGGCUCACCAGCUGCUGCACAGCGGGCAGAUGCCCUUCUCCUGCCAGUGUGGGAAGGGCUUUGCCAAACACUCUAAACUCGUGGAACACAUGAGGACACACACAGGAGAGAAGCCUUUUCAGUGUCCCAAGUGUGACAAGAGUUUCCGAUUGAAGGCUCAGCUGCUCAGCCACCAGGGCCUGCACACAGGCGAGAGACCUUUCCACUGCCCUGAAUGUGAUAAAAACUUCCGGGAAAGGGGUCACAUGCUCAGACACCAGCGUAUCCACAGGCCUGACAGGCCCUUUGCCUGUGGCGACUGUGGGAAGGGCUUCAUUUAUAAGUCCAAACUAGCUGAACACAUCAGGGUGCAUACGAAAUCCUGUCAGGUCCCCCGGGAACCUGAGGUUAAGAAGAGGCUUAGCCAGCUGUUUGCGAUGAUAGAGGCUGACUGGAGCUGAGCUGGGUGGGACGUACACUCUAUGAGCACAGUGCAGUUGUCAGGGCAGCCUGGAGAAUGGUGGCCACACCCACUGGGAAGUGAGGUUUGGGCAGAGGGGCUCUACUUUGAUUAAAAAGAAUACAAAUUUAAAAUGAGAAACUGAAAAAUUAUUAUUAUUAUUUGGAACACCACCAGUUGUGGUUCCUUUACCUCGGUAAAAAGAGGUAUUUGUUCUUCCUACUACGUUAGGAGCAUUUCACCCAAAUGCAGUUAGUUCAAGAGUCCCAUCUUAAACCAGAAGGAAAUCCCUCUAGUGCCACUGUCAGAGCUAAAAAGGGGCAGUCUAUUUAAUAUCAAUUCUACGCUUUUGUUCUUUGCAGAGUAUGAUUAUAAAUGGUUAAAUACAGUGAAUUUUAUGUCUGUCAUGAUAAUGCUUUGUGGUUUGCUUUUGAUUCAUUUAUUUUGAAACCAACAAGAUGAAUUCUCUGAAUUUCAUGCGAAUGUUGUAAGUUUCUCUUUGGGGUUCUUGAUGAUUAAUGUGCAGUAUACCCUAAGAAAAUGCUGAUAAUCUCAGUUGGAGAAACAAAACAAAACAAAAAAAAAAUGUUGAGAGUUUGAGUUGGGAAUUGAGUCAGUGGGUAGAGAUUUGGGAGUUCCAGAGUGGAGAUGCUAUUUGGAGCCUAAGUGAGCUUCUCAUGAAUGAAUAUUUAACCAACUGACAAAUGAACACAUAGAGCAUAAAGCAGAGGUAUCACAAUAUAUGAAUCAUUUAUAUUCUCAAAUGUUGUAGAACUAUAGAGAUUCAGAAAGGUCUUUUUUUUUAGAUUUAUUAUUUAUUAUUUAUACAGUACUCUUUCUUCGUGUAGGCCUACACACCAGAAGAGCACACCAGAUCUCAUUAUACAUGGUUAUGAGCCACCAUGUGGUUGCUGGGAAUUGAACUCAAGACCUUUAGAAGGGCAGACAGUGCCCUUAACCACUCCAGUCCCCCAGAAAGGACUUUUUAAAUUUUAUUAUUUUAAACUCUGAUGUUACAGAGAAGAACACAAAAGCCACUAUAAGGUUUCCCACAGCCGCCUCAGGCACAGUUGGCGACUGUGUUGAGGUCCCCCCUCCCACCUAACCAACAGAAUGCCACUAUGUAGUCCUGAUUAGCCUGGAAUUCACACUGUAGACCAGGCUGGCCUCAACUCUCAGAUAUCCACGGCCUCUGUCCCCCCAGGGCUGGGGUGAAAGGCGUAUGCCACCAUGCACAACUCACCAAGACUUUCUACAGGUCUUGUUCCAGGGCAGGGAUUCUUGUACUGUGGUUAACUGGAAAUCUAGAAAUCCAUGUCAUAUUCUGUAGAUAGGAAAUAACCUCAGACCAAAUGUAACCACACUACCUAACCAGUUAAUCACAGAAGGGAGAGAAAAGGAGGUUGUUUUCCAAAUAUAAAAGAACAGCAUGAGAGAAAAACAAUGGACAAAAAUAAAUGUUCAGUGUAAAGACCACAGGUGUAGUUACCAGCAGCAUCUUGGAUGAGACCAAAAGGUUGAUGAGAGAGAAAUCUUGAGAUAAGUAAGGUAGAAGAUAAGUGUUUAAUGGAUUGUAACUGGGAGAUGAAGAGAUGUUCUAGAGACAAAAUGGAAACUUCUAUCAGCUUGAAUGCAAUUCCUUGCCUCACUCUUUAUCAAGACUGGGUUUGGGGGCGCUGGAGAGAUGGCUCAGUGGUUAAGAGCACUAUUCAAUUCCCAGCAACCACAUGGUGGCUCACAACCAUCUAUAAUGUGAAUUGAUUCCUCUUCUGGCAGGUGUAAAUGCUGGUUGAACACUCAUAUACAUAAAAUAAAAUCUUAAAAAA